AUGUUAAACUCUCGAAUUGAAAUCGACACUAGCAAACUUCCGUUCAAGAUCAAUCGCAAGAUGCCUACCUUUCUGGAACCAUAUUUCCAAGAAAGAAUCCAAUGGAUCAUCUUUUGCGACAACAUUGAUGCCAAAUUAGAGCCGUACGAAGGCAUCAAGGCGGCAUGGACAGUCAUAGGUGCAAUAUUUACACUUGUUUUGAUCGGAUUGAUUGCCGGUAUUGCUGUUCGUUUUACGAUGGUCGAUGAUGAAAAUCUUGGAAAUAUUCUGAGUGGAGCCCUGUUCGGAGGUCUCGUGGUGACAUUUGGAGUAUAUUUUUGCUUUAUGCAAGCUUUUGUCAUGAGUCCACUCAAGAAACUUGGACAAUCUGCAGAAGAAUACUGUGACAAGAUUGCAGCCAAGUGGGACACUGUGGAUUUCAAGUUUCAACGAAGCAGUAAAUCUACUAUCUACUGGGAUUCAGAUUUCAAGGCAUGGAUCAAUGUUGUAUCAUCCGAUGCAGUUUAG